CUUCCUUCCCCUCUCUGAUCCACUGCUGUGGGAGGGCGCGCCUCUGUCGUUCAGAACACACGUACACGUACAAGGCGGUGAGGAGCCAGAGGAACCAAGAGAACCAGAGGAACCAGGAGAACCAGGAGAACCAAGAGAACCAGAGGAACAAUGGGCGUCAAGCUGUACUACACUACCGUUACUGCCUCACGGAUGGUAAAGUCUCAGCAGGCAGAAGUGAUUCGGAUCCUCGAAAGUAAAAGCAUCAAGUACGAGCUCAUCGACAUCUCUGUUGGUGUGGAGCUGCGUGACGAAAUGAGAAGCAAGGCAGGGGACACAGCGGCGGUCCCUCCCCAGCUUUUUAAUGAGGACCAAUACUGUGGGAACUAUGAAAUGUUUUCGGAGGCGGUGGAAGCCGACACAGUGGAACAGUUUCUGAAGCUGGCGUGAGGAGGUUGAAGUGUAAUUCUCCAUCUUAACCCCAGCCGACACCCCACCCACCCACUCACUCACCCACCCUGCGCCCUGAUGGCGACCCCUUAUUCACCAGUGUCCACACACUUUCAAUGCCAUAAUGAAGAAUGCCAAAUAUCUUGUGUUCAGCAAAUCAGAAGACACACAUUCCCUUUACUGCACCAUUAGACUCCAAAACAGUCUUAAUCUCUUUUAUUUCUACCUGUUGUUGUAUUUUCUUUCUUUCUGUUCUGUUUUGAUUCCCUUCCUGUCGGACAGACCAGUGUUAACAAGUGCUCCUAGUCCACUAGGAGUCAAUGGGAUGUCUAGAUGUGCGGUAAUUAGUUCGACUAAUCAUGGCCUCGGCCACAUGAUCGCUGGAGAUUAAACUAAUCCACUGGAUGACAACAUUCAACCCCUCCUGAUCCUCUGCAGACCAAACACACACAUCAUCACUCAGUCUUAAAUACCUUGUGGUUUGUUUUUUUCUGUAGCCUUCAAGUUCCCAUGUUGUGCAUGACUGCACACUAUGUGCACCUCACAUGGAUGCAAAUGCAAACAGAAGUAGCAAGGACCAUGAUGUCCUUAAACCCAUCUAGUGAUGAAUUAUUGCAGCUAAAUUAGGCUUUUUUUGGCAUUAAUGCUGAUUUUUGUAUUAUUUCGGUCCAGUGGUUGCCUACUGCAGUAUGUGAUGAGAGGUGGUCAUCCACUUUAGCACAGUGAGGUCUUGUGCUGACAUUAAAAAUACAAGUUACUUUACUGUAACUAGCACAUUAAAAGUCCCCUGUGGAGUUUCUUUGUUUAACAAAUCUAUGUUUACAUUUACUGAGCACUUGCAUGCAAGCUUUCCUUUAAUGCUUGCCUGGGCAUGCCUGACCAUUGGUGCUGGCGAGAUAUUCACAACAAAAAAAAAAACAAUCACUGUCUCUUGCUCAGGCACACAACAUGUAUUUUAUUCUUGCUCACACGACAUGCUAGAUGUCCACGUAAUGCUAAAUGGAAAUACAUGGGAAAUUAACUCGACUGAACUCAAACUGACAGUAGUGUGUAUUGCACGACCGACAAAACAGGGACCUAUGUGUAAAUAUGUUGCUCCAUGAUGCCUGUAGAACUCCACAGGGUUACUUUUGGUAGAAGAAUGGUUAUUGGCUUUAGUAAUAAGUGCUGACUCAGGCUGUAGUCACCAUUUCGUACAAAGAGGUCAUGCCGCAUAUAUUUUCUUUAACCAUACACAGUAGGUUUAUUCCAGUGUUACAUACACAAACAAAAAACAAAUUCAGUAUCUUCUCCCUCAAGUUUUAUUCAGUGUGGGGGAAAAAAACAUUUAGAUCUUCAUGUAAGGGAUUACAAUUUAUGGAAAAUUUAUGAAUUAAAUGAAAAAUCCAAAGGUUGUCUGGGCAGACCUUUGCUCAGGGGGAUGGGGUUUCAGGCUACAGUCCUGUUAAUUUCAAAAAAUGUUGGAUUUGGCGACUGAACACUCCUUAGAUAUAUUAUAAUGGUGUCUGGUGAACCAAAAACAUUUCAGUAAUUAGCUGCCCUAUGUUCACAUGCAGUUGAGCAGCAUGACAGUUGGUGCCAAUAUAAUAUAUCUGUGAUGUGAUUCUGCAGGUGAUUACUCACUGUGGGAUUAGCACUUAGCUAAGAUCUUCUGCGUUUUCAAUAAUUUUACUGUACAACUAGACAGCUCCAUUUCACCAGUGGGUGCUCCAUGUUGGCGACUGACAGAGUGAAAGCGCCACAAGUUUAGAAAGGACCAUUUCAUGGCGAGGUUAAACAAUUGGAGUGAGAAGAUGUGAAUUAUCUUGCUUUCAACUACAUAGCUUUGUUCCUUCCUCUGUUUAUCACCUUGUUUCAGUUCCACUGACUGUUCCGGUGCAUGAAGAUGCAGUUAUGUGACUAUGCACCCGAACCCUUCCUCAUUCUGAACAGAAAUAAAGGUCAGAGCUGUGUUGAGAUUGACCUGACUCAGUCUUACCAGCCUUAGGGAACACUCAUCACAUGGGAAAAAUGAAGGCUUCACUAAUCUGUGCUUUUUUUAUGCAUUUGUGUUUAUUCAUUUGAUUGAUCUCAGUUGAAAUAUUAUGUUCAUGUAUUUGUCUUGUGUCUUUUUAAAAAUCGAGAACAAAUUUUCUUCUCUUACUCGUAACACCUGUCAAACCCCUCGAUGUUCUCAUGAACUUGUUGUCAAGGUUUGGGAUCCCCAGUAAUGGCAGCCUACAAACACACAGAAACGUUUGUGCACUGUUCUGUAAGUUGAUGGUUGUGGAUGUUUGCCUGUAACUGGUGUGUAUUCACUAUGAAUCAUGUUUUAGACAUUCCAUGUCUCUCUCUGAGCUCCUGCUUCGCUUUUGGACCAAUUCCCCUUGGCCAAAAAAAGAACAAAUUAAGGAAUAAAAUGCUGUUGUCUUCCAAGAAGAUUGUGAAAAGUGAUUUAUGGGUUAAAGAAAAAUAAAUUGGAGUUGAAUCUA